AUGGACGGCCUCAUGUACUCUUCCACUCCUUCCAUCGAGACAUUUGUCCAUCCCCAUCUGUUCUCGCCCGCCAUAGGCACCACCUUCCCCAUGCAGCCCACCCAGCUUCCCCUCAAGCACCGCCUGCAGCUCCUCAUCCAAACCCUACCGGAAUGUUGGUCCUACGCCAUCUUCUGGCGCGUCUACACCGCCGACCGCCUCCCCUUCCUCUCCUGGGGCGACGGCCACCUCCGCAGCGGCGUUGCCGCCGCCGACGGGAGCAGGACCAGCAGCAGCAGCAACAGCAGCAACAACAACAACAACAACAACAACAGUGACCACUUCCUCUUCAACGACGACAAGAAGAAGGUGAACCUCCUCGGCGCCGGCGAGGAGGUCGUCACCGACGUGGAGUGGUUCUACCUGGUCUCACAGGCGCGUUCUUUCGGUGCCGGCGCCGCCGACCACGCCGUCCUAGCCAGGGCCUUCUCCACCGGUAACCAUGUGUGGCUCUCCGGACCCCACGAGCUCCAAAUCUACGGCUGCGAUCGUUGCCGGGAGGCGCUGCUCCACGGGGUCUCCACCAUGGUCUGCAUCCCCGUGGGCGACGGUGUUCUCGAGCUCGCAUCGUCUGAGAUGGUGGGGGAAGACUGGGGAGCCCUUCACCAAGUUAAGACCCUCCUCGGCGGCGGCCAUGGCGGCAACGUGAUGGUGGCCUCUCCCGCCGCCUCCGCCAAGCCGAUGAAGAAGGAGGCGGCCAUGGCGGCACUGGAGGCUGAGAACUCCGAUUCGGAGGACCGGAAGCCGAAGAAGAGGGUGCGCAGAGUUGGUGCAACUGGGGAGACCCCAGCGAGCCACGUAGAGGCCGAACGGCAGCGACGGGAGAAGCUCAACCACCGCUUCUACGCUCUCCGCUCGGUCGUCCCCAACGUCUCGAGAAUGGACAAGGCCUCCCUGCUGGCCGACGCCGUCACCUACAUCAAGGAGCUGAGAGAGAAGGUCGACCAACUUGAGGCAGACCUCAAGCAGUCCAAGAAGCUCCCCACGAAGCCGCCGGCGGCGGUAGCAAUGGCUGGCGGCGGCGCCGCAGCAGCAGCAGCUUCCUCCUCUGGCGGCGGCGACGGGGAGAUGGAGGUGGCGGUGAGAUUGGUGGAGGGGGACGCCAUGGUGAGGGUGACCUCUCCGGAGGACGCUAGCCACCCGGCGGCGAGGCUCAUGGCGGCGCUGAGAGAGCUCGACAUGAAGGUGCACCAUGCGAGCGUGUCGGUCGUGAGGGGGACAAUGGUGCAAGACGUGGUGGCGAGGGCCCCCGCUGGGGUGCAGUCGGAGGAGUCCCUCAAGGCCACCAUGCUGGCCAAUCUGGCUAGAAACACGUAG